UUAAUAUCUGGCUUGAUUAAUGUUGCAGAGUAUUGGGACGUAGCUUAGGAGGAGGUGAUAUGAUUGCAGAUUUGGCAGUGUCGGGAUUGUCACGAGUGCCCGUGUUGCUAGGCGUGGCUCUCAUCUCCUUGGCUUAUUCUACUUGCGGGACUUUGGCACUAUGUCUGGCCGGCUUUUUUUAUUUCAUCAAGGUGUUUAAGCUGUACGAAGACUUCAUCGAGAAGAUUGUCGUGGGGCUGAUCCCAGGCACGACUGAGAACAGGUCAAAGACAGACAAGGCCCUCUCACAGCUGAACUUCCACAUGACUCUCAUGAUGAUCAUCUUCCUUGUGAGUGCUCUCAAUGCUCCUGCUUUCAUUGUGUGGGGCAAACUGCUCAGUCAUAACUUGCAAUUGGUGCAAGAUCCAAGCCUAUAUGUGGCAGUGACGGUCUUGAUAGGGCUCUGCUUCCUCUGGCAAAAGAAAGUCCCUCAAUGUGAUAAGAGAUUCUACAAACAGCUGGGUUACUUGGUCCACUCCUUAGCUGUGUUGACCCUCCUGUAUGGCAGUGUGAAUUUGUACCGCGUGUCCUACAUCCUAUCGGCAGCUAUAAUCCUUGUUGUGAUACACCAGCUUGUGGCUCCAAGGAAACCGCCCCAGAGGGAGAGCCAGGAGGAUGAAAGCCCUAGUGAAAGAAGCCGUCCUUUCAUGGCACAGGUUGACGAGUCAGAAUCCGACGGCACCAAUUCUGGCAGCAUUACCUCAGAUAAUGACUCUGGGCCAAGCCAGAGGAUUAUUUAAGGAGAAGAAGAAGAGAAGAAGAAAAAGACAGGGGAGUGAAGGAAUAAGUAGAUGAUCCGGUAAUCAAACUAUUCUUGUCUUGUGGUCUUGCCCAUUGAUAGACACUUCUGGAGGCAAGGAGGGGCAGUCAGUAACUUAAAACACUGGGUAAAUUUUUAUUGAUAAGUCAGAUGACAAAGUUACUUUGUACAUGAAUCUGGAGGCACAUGUAAAUUGAUCAUAUACACAUGUGUUCCAAGAUUACUUUCCUCUUCACUGGCUCCCAUAACCCACUAACGACGGGUGUCCCACAUAUUAGACACCCGAAAAAAUAAAC